CGGGGCGGCGGGAGACCCGAGGCAUGGGUCCGGGAGACCCGGCGCAGAAGAUCAGCAUUAGCACUGAGAGCCCCUGGGGGAGCGAGAGGAACGGCUCCGGAGCCGCGCUGGCGGGCGCGGAGAGGGUCCCCCCCGGCACCUGGAGGCAGAAGUGCGCGGCCUAUGUGCUGGCGCUCAGACCUUGGAGCUUCAGUGCUUCCCUCACCCCCGUGGCCCUCGGCAGCGCUCUGGCGUACCGGGCCGAGGGAGCGCUAGACCCGGGGCUGUUGGUGGGAAGCGCCGUGACCGUCCUGGCUGUGCACGGAGCUGGCAACUUGGUGAAUACCUACUACGACUUCUCCAAAGGCAUCGAUCACAAGAAGAGUGAUGACAGGACUUUGGUGGACCAGAUUUUAGAGCCUCAGGACGUAGUCCGGUUUGGAGUCUUCCUUUAUACUGUGGGCUGUAUCUGUGCUGCUGGGCUCUACGCUCUCUCAACGCUCAAGCUGGAGCACCUGGCCCUGAUUUACUUUGGAGGACUUUCCAGCUCCUUCCUUUACACUGGAGGAAUUGGAUUUAAAUAUUUUGCACUUGGAGACGUGGUGAUCCUGAUCACCUUUGGGCCCCUGGCUGUCAUGUUUGCCCAUGCUGUGCAGGUUGGUUAUCUGUCUGUCUCACCACUGCUCUACGCUAUCCCACUAGCUCUCAGUACUGAGGCCAUCCUGCACAGCAACAACACACGAGACAUGGAGUCUGACCGGCAGGCGGGUAUUGUCACCUUGGCCAUCCUCAUCGGCCCUGCGUUCUCCUAUAUUCUCUACACCGUGCUGCUCUUCUUGCCCUACCUGAUUUUCUGUGUGCUGGCCACACGCUAUACCAUCAGCAUGGCGUUGCCGCUACUCACCAUCCCGAUGGCAUUUUCACUGGAGAGGCAGUUUCGGAGUCAGAGCUUCAACAAAAUUCCUCAGCGGACAGCCAAACUGAAUCUCCUCUUGGGGCUUUUCUAUGUUUUUGGUAUUACACUAGCACCAGCUGGUGCUCUGCCCAAACUGUAACAAGAGCUGUAGAGUCAGGCCUCACAAAUCAGUAUUAAUGCUGAUUAACAGUGAAUUAUAUGGGUAGAUGACCCAUUAUGGACAGUGGGAAGAAUGAAGAGACUGUCUUGAGCUGUUGAUUGUAUGUGAAUUUUAUAAUUUCUGGUCUUGGUUAGCUUGUGCAAUGGACUUAAAAAAGUGAUCUGUCAGUUCUUUGGAAGGGGUGAACUUUGCAGCUUUGCUUCAGGGGAGCAAGGCAACGUGAGGACAAGGAAGUGUUUAAAGAACCUCAUGCUUCUGUCACUGAAUUCUUUCACUGUCAACUCAAUGAAAGUAAGAUUGAGCCUCAAACACAAACUCUCUGUUCCCUUCAUAAGCACAGUGAUUGCUCUUAUGACUCCUUUUCUUACCUUGAUCAAGGAGUCCAGUGGCUCCUGUGUGGUAAACAGAAAACACUGCCAAAUGUUUAGCAUCACAAUAAUGUAGGUGCUAUUACUUCACUCCCUUGUGAGCACAGUUCAUUUUUAUCUGCUCUAUGUUUUAAUUUUUGUUGGUUUUUUUUUCUAGCCAAAUUUUGAGCUUUUAUUUCCAAGCCCCCCGAAAUGCAGUUGCUUCUGCUUGGUCCUUAUAGUCUAGAAAUUUCAAAGUUAUGUAUUUCUGUGGGAUGUUGGUGCUAAAAUGGAGCACAAAUAGCCCUCUGCACAAACUUUAAGCCAAAACCAGUAAACUUCUAUUCUGCUACAAAAGCUGAAGCUGAAAAGCCCUCAAUGCAUAGAAAAACAAGUAGUUUCCAUUUUUGCAUUUGCUUAGAAUUCGUUCUCUGAAAUGACAGUCUUGGAGUUAAGGGGGAGCUGACAGAGUGCCAGAUUUCUCUGUCUGGAUAUAGAUUAAUGGUUAUAUGAGUGGAAGAAGAAAUUCGUAGUUUUAAAAAAAAAAAUUACUUUUUCAGUGGUUGUUCUCUGUUUAUUUAGAGGCCUGGAGUAUUGUAAUCAAAUGUCUUAUAGUAAGAAGCCCAAAAAGAAGCCCAGUUGAGCAAAGGGGAAAGAUACAGGGUUAGGAAAAAGAAACGAGGAUUAUUGCGUUGGCUCUGAAUAAGAAUUAGGACUGGAAACAGAAAUAAACCAUUUUUGUUAAUAAGCUUCUUCCUACUAGAGUCCAGUUAGUGUGACUGAAUCAUAUUUAAAUGUUAUCUCUGAAGUGAAGUUCCUCACCUCUUUUUUUUGCCCCUCUACACCUUACUACAUUGUUUUGUUUUCUUCUGCAGACCUUGCCACUUGAUUAUUCAUGUGGCCAUUUGGAGAACUGAUUGUUUCAGCAAUUAUGUAGCAGUGUGAAAAAAAUGCCAAACACAACUGAGAAAAAGUUUGACUUCCAGUGCAAAGAUUGAUUUGAUCCAUACCAUGUUACUCAGUGGCAACUGAAUUUUGUGUUGAAGAAAAAGUGUUCAUUUCCUAUAUUCAGGGGUUUGGUGAAAAGUUAGUUUAUUGGAGUUGUGGAAAGCUUCAGAGGAAUUGAUACAGGUGUUGAACUGGUGCCUGGAGCACAACCUUGCUUUUGAACCAAGUGAGAGUGUGCUAACCACUAUAUGAAGGGCUUUUAAGUGUGAGCAAUAAAACAGCAAUAAACUAGCAUGGUGUUAUCCUGCAUCUGUCAUAGGUAAGUUACACCCUUGUGGUGUUCAUCUGAAAGUGCCGAGUGUUAUAUUAGUGGAGUGUACUGACAGUAGUAAAGCUGAGUUGAUGGUACAAGAUUACAUGGUAUAGACAUUUAAGUGACUUUUUUAUGUCUUCAUGUUAUCCAUUGUUACCCAGCUGUUGGUCUCCUGCUUUGCAACUGAGCUGUAGUCAAUGGGAAGGACUCUUUGCAGGCAUAUUUUAUGAGCCACAGAUUCAUCUUUUAUUAAAAUUGGGCAAAUGAUCUCUAAUCUCACUAGGCAAAAGACAAGAGGAGAUGGACUUCAGCAACUGUGUGCUGCUUUCUACAGCAAAAUACUUGUUUGGAUUAGAAACAUGAGGAGAAAAUGCCGAAGUUCAGCUCAGCUGGAUGAAGGGGGAUAUAUAUAUUUCAAUACAGAUAUACCCAACACAGUAUCUACUGGUAUGUCUUUGUGGACCUAUAGAAUAAUGAAGAGCCUGGCUCUGAGACCCACUUCACUUUCCUGCGAAGCAAAAGCUUUCCUAGGGAUAUGGACUGAGCUGGUGAAUCUGUUAACCUUGCAACUGGGGAUAUGUGGGUUUAUGAGGUUAAUCCCAGCAUGGCUUUGUUGCUACCCUUUGUAGCAGCUGCGUGCUUUAUUUUAUGAUGGUUUGUUCUUGUAUAGGUAUCAAUUUAAGAGAAUGGACAGUUAUCUUUUUCUACUUCUUUUACGUAAACUAGAGUACUCAAGCUAAAUUCCUUAAAGUAACUAAUAUUUGGCUCAUAUCUUUGAUAGUGGUAAUUGUAAUGAUGGAAAGAUCUAGGAUGUGAUCAUUGGUGGAGUAGUGUAUGUCACUCUAAUUACAUCUAGGCUACCCUUUACUAGCAGGGAAAAGCCCCCUGCGUAGGAUGUCUGCUUUCUGCUGGAAAGGACCAGUGCUUUUUGUUACAGAGAUGAAGGAAGAGCUCACUAGUACAUGUUAGUGGAACACUUUUCAAGGUGAGGGGGAUUCAAAGCAUUUUAAUAGUAAGAAUGAGAUGAAAAUUCAGUAAUUCCUUACUAGCAGAUGCCUCCAGUUCCCUGUCUGUGAAAAACAGUAUCAUUCCAGGUUCUUAAGGAUAUUAAUAGUAAAUAACACAUUCUUCACCAUGGCUUUGAGGAAGUCACUUAACUUCUCUGUGUCUCAGAAAACAGCUGAUUUUUGCCUACCUCACAGGGAUGCUGAGCAGACAUCAUCGUCAUAGAGAGCUUUGAAAGUAAAAAGUGCUUUAUCUCUGUGUGCUUUCCAAAAGCAUGUUAGUACUAGAUAACAUUUUAGGUAUGAACUAACCUAACAGGUGACUUAACCAAUGUAAGUAGACCAAAAUAAUCUCCACAUAGACAUUGAGUGGUAAGAGAGGUUCCUUUAUUAGUUUGUUUUGUGAUGAGGAUGCUGGG